GAUAUAAGAUUACGAAAAGACCUCCACAAGUCAACACGAAGCAACCAUAGUCAAGAAAAGAAUAAAAGAAGCAACACCGACGGAAACGGUUCAGCCACCGGGAGACUCGAUCUCUCCCGUUCUCUGUCUAUUUCUAGGGUUCAAAAAGCUGAAAAUGGAACAAGAAACGGGCUUGUCAAAAUCGGUGGCAGUCGUAGCCUGUGCGUCCAUGACUUUCUUUUAUGUGGCAAUUCUCCAUGCUCCCACUUUGAUCUUACGGCUUCCUCCUCCUUCCUCUCUCAAGCAAUUUUUAAUCCGACGGUUCAUCUGCGCUGCCAUUUGUUCAAUAGUGUCCGUUAUUUUCUGUGCUCUUAUCCUUCCUAUAAGAAGAUUGGAAGCUUCUCUUUUGUUUGGCAUUUAUGGCAUCCGGUUGGACCAUAUUUGGCAAGCUGUGGCCUUUCCUCUUUCCUUGACUUCAUUAAUGUACGCUGGAUCUUUUUUGGACAAAUUGUUGAUGCUGGUGGAUUCAUGGAAGGAAGAUAUGAAUGAGGGUGGUGGAGGCUUUUCAUUUGAUAGUAUCAAACAUCUCCUGCAAAAUUUCGUUGUUUGGAUGUCUUCAACGGCUUCCAAUGUUAUGGCUUGGCGUAAUUUUGUGGUGGCUCCAUUAACAGAGGAAUUGGUGUUUAGAGCAUGUAUGAUAUCUUUACUUCUAUGUGGAGGAUUCAAGAUCUACAGUGUCAUUUUUCUCUGUCCUAUUCUUUUUAGCUUGGCACAUUUAAACCAUUGGAUGGAGAUCUAUGUUAGGCAUAACUACAGCAUGCUUAAGGCCUCCAUGGUUGUAGGUCUUCAACUUGGCUACACAGUAAUCUUUGGUUCAUAUGCUUCUUUUCUUUUCAUCCGAACAGGACAUCUUCUAGCUCCAUUAAGUGCUCAUAUAUUUUGCAAUUUUAUGGGAUUGCCUGUGCUGUUUGGAAGGAAGAAAGGGAUGGUGACUCUGGCAUUUGUAGCUGGAGUAGUAACUUUCAGUUGGCUUCUUUUUCCAGUUACGAGUCCUGAUUUGUACAAUGACCAAACAAAUAAUUGUAGAUGUUGGCAUGGGUAUUGUUCCUGGAAUUAAACCUGUGACAUCUUGAAGGUGAAGAGACACUACUAAUUUCAUGUGCUAUAUUUUUUGCGCUGCCAUGAUGUUUAUUAUGCUUAUUCCAUAGUUUUUAAGUUUGAGACUUUCGAUAUUUGCGAGAUUGAAACUGUCCCAAUUGGAUUAUCGCAGACAAAAACAUGACUUCUAUCAGUGACAGACUUUGAACAUGUAGUAUCAGAUUGUGUCAUUUUGCAGAUGAUGUUCUAUGGAAAAGGCAAAGAACCUGCUGUUGUAAGCCUGUAUCGUAGUAGUGUAUUUGCUUAGACUGAUUUUCUUUCCUUUUUUUUUUAAUUUAUUUUUUUUCUCCUGAUGAGCCACGUGGACUGUGUCUAACUGAUUGUUGGAAGUAACCUUAACCAAUAUCUGAAUAUGCUGUACUCAAGCACGCUGAAUCAUUCUACUCCAUUCUAUAGCAUGCCUUCACCAGCAUCGUUCACUGUGGCACGAGUUGGAUUUCAGUAAACGCGAGGUGAUAAGAAACUUUUUAGCCACUUUUUAACGUUCAUACGGAUUCAUCUUGGUUCGGGUUCUACCUGCUUUAAUUUUCUUAAAACAAAUUUAUGUAUAUUUUUUUUGUUUUUAAAUGUAUAUUUAUACAAUAAA